AUGACCUUCCCGGUGCCAGCGGUCUGUAACUGGCCCCAGCCCCUUCCAAGCCUCAGUGCCUCCGCGCCUCGGCGGGAAGCAGCCUUGCUUGCAGGUAAGGAGAUCGGGGUGUUCACGGAGGGGGACCCCAGAACUCAGCUCUCCCUCAGUCCGGCAGCCCUGGUUCCUAGGGCCACCUUUCGGGAACAAACACCUCGGAGCUUCGGGAUUCCCACCCCCACAGCGGAGGAGCUGGCAGCCCUUGAAGCUCCCGUUUGUUCUGAUCCUGUUGAUUUCUGUGUUUGUUGUAGAAUAUUUGGAAUUCUGCUGGUCUUUGUGGAUGUGGCUUUCAUCAUUAUAGACCUACUUGUCACUGAUAAAACAACGUACAUUCCUUUGGAAUACCGUUCAAUUUCCUUAUCUAUUGCUCUAUUUUUUUUCAUGGAUAUUCUUCUUCGAGUAUUUGUAGAAGGGGCACAAUUUUAUUUUUCUGACAUAGUUAAUUCUAUAGAUGCUGUGAUUAUCCUGGUGACUCUAGUAAUUGAUUUCAUUUAUAUUUUUAAUGACUUUGAGAUUUUUGAAGAUAUCCCCAGAUUGAUCAUGUUCCUCCGAGCACUGCGACUCAUCAUUCUGAUGAGAAUUUUUCAUCUGGCAUACCAGAAAAGACAUCUCGAGAAGCUGACCAGAAGGAUGAUUUCAGGAAACAAACGACGGUACACGAAAGAUGGAUUUGACUUAGAUCUCACUUACAUCACUGGGCGCGUCAUUGCCAUGUCGUUCCCGUCUUCUGGAAAGCAGUCUUUCUACCGGAACCCCAUUCAGGAAGUCGUGCGGUUCCUGGACACCAAGCAUCGCAACCACUACCAAGUCUACAACCUCUGCAGUGAAAAAGCUUAUGACCCUAAGUACUUCCAUUAUAGGGUCCACCGAUACAUGGUUGAUGACCACAAUGUGCCCUCUCUGAGUGACAUGGUGGAGUUUUCCAAAGACGUGCAGAAGUGGAUGGCUCAAGACGACAAGAACAUCGUAGUGAUUCACUGCAUGGGAGGCAAAGGACGGACUGGAACGAUGGCCUGCGCCUACCUUAUUGCCUGUGGGCUGUUCACAACCGCGGAGGAAAGCCUUCACUUUUUUGGAGAACGACGAACAGAUAGAACCACCAGCAAAAAGUUUCAGGGAGUGGAAACUCCUUCUCAGAGCCGAUAUGUUGGAUAUUUUGCAGAUGUGAAAAACAUCUAUAACUUGACUCUCCCUCCAAGAAACUUGCUUAGGAUAAAAAAAAUUGUUAUUUAUUCAAUUCACGGCAAUGGAGAGGAUCUAAAAGUACAAAUAAUAAUGCGCCAAAAGGUUGUCUUUUCCUGUUCUGCUUCUAAGAACUGUAAGAUUGUCCACGACGUGGAAAAGGACACAGUGAGCAUCCACCUCUGCAACUGCCCCAUUCUGCACGACGACGUGAAGGUGCAGUUCCUGUCCUCGGUUCUUCCAAAAGACUACGACAACUGCCCGUUUUUCUUUUGGUUCCACACGUCCUUCAUACAGAACAACAGGCUUUAUCUUUCGAGGGAUAAAUUGGACAAUCCCCAUAAACCAAAAACAUGGAAAAUUUAUCGUCCAGGAUUUGCCGUUGAAAUAUAUUUUGAUGCCAUUGAUCAAGUUGUCGCUGAUACCUGAUUAAGUAGAAUUCCCCUUCCAGGACAGAAUCAUAUUCUUCCCAACCCCUGCCCCAUAUUUAUGUUUUCAAACCCUGUUUCCUCUCUGGUACACUAAUGUAUUUACAUACAUGUACAUAUGUUCUCGAAAAACCUAUUAAAUACAUAUUAAAUACAGACAAAGGAAUAUGUCAAUGGCGAUCUUCUUUUUCCUCUUUGAAGGAAUAUACGUCACACAAAGUUUUGUAUUGAGGCAAGUUUGGACGCAGUCCGCAGGAACAUCGUUUACCGCUUUUAACAACGUGAAUUAGAACUUCCAUAUGAAAGUAACUGAGGUAUUUAAAAACCGUGACUCUCCCCUAUAUGGUGGGUUCACUUCAUUUAGUUCUGUAUUUUUGGACGAGUAUUUCGUCCCUGCUCGGUUUCACAUUAUAACUUCAUAUUAGAAAAGCAGCCUCUAUUUUCUUCCCCCCUCUGAUUUACAAACUGACAAACACCAGAUUGGCAGCAAAGACCGUCUGAAACCCACAGCAAUGUC